GAGUCUAUCGUACGAUUACUGCUGGACGGCAGUACUGACAUGGAGAUAAGGAGCCAAGAGGGAUUGAUGCUGCUUCACUGCUCGAUUCAGAAUGGAUAUAAUAUAGUAAUAUCGCUGCUGAUUAAUAGAGGCGCCGACAAGACUGCCAGGACCGUGAGCGGACAGUUGAUACUACACUUUGCA